UGUGCCAUUGUAGGUGCGUAAACAAAAUCUAGUGGAAAUGAAAACUGGAAAAUCCAGAUCGUUAUGUAUGCUUUGUAAACCUAUUUAUAGUUGAUUGAGUAAAUGCAAUGUAGGAUGCAGUGUAUUCUAGAAUGUACUUUCAACUGAAUGCUUAUUGUUCAAUUUAUUAUAUUAUUAGUGGUGGUAACGAACAUUGAUUUAAGUAACACUAAGAGCCUACAACAAGAUAUUGAAUUGUGGAUGCUUUCGGUGAACUCGUGAUCCAGGGCCUAGCCUAGGUAGGGUAGCGUAGCUUCCUGGUUGUGAUGGGACUGCCACUACAAUCCGAGGAAGUUUACAGUGUUCUUGGGUCUGCAACAGGUUGUCUCAAGCUCAAACAUGAAACCAAAGGAUGGAUCCGAAUAGCUAAUGUUGUUUUGCAAUUUUUAGAUGUAUCGAAAGGAUUUGUUUUAAGAGCAUCUCAAGCCAAAAAUGUGGUAUUACACUCAUCAGUGGCCAGCUUACAGUUCAAAGAAAUAGAUAACACAAUUCAUGAAUUCAUUUUACCGGAUAAAAAACAUUAUCGAAUGGAGUAUGAUGACGUCACGGAUGCAUCCAACUUCUGUACCUUGGUUGGAAAUGCCACUCACGAACAAAGGAAAGCAGCUGUUGGUAAGACUGGCGAUAUGGCAAGGAACCAGCAGCAAUUAGGGACUCAGUCUCAAGAGAAAGGCGAACUAAUAGAUUCUCUCAUAAAUGAAUUUGUAGUGUGUGUCCAUGAUGGAGACGUUGCAAGGGCUGGAGAAAUUGCCCAACAAUUAGCAGAAAAUAAAGUUCCAUUGGCUGUGAGCCAAGAUGCAAACAUGACAGAUGUCUCCAAGAACGAUAACCCAAUUAAUUUAAGAAUUUCAGUUGAAGAUCGUUACGACUCCUCAGCAAAAAUAACAUUGAGCGUGAAACCUUCAAUAACAUUCAAGACCCUCAAAGAGAAAAUGUAUAAGCUUUAUGGAUUCCCACCGAAGGCUCAAAGAUGGAUUGUAGAAAAAAGAAUUAUGCGAGAUCAGGAAACACUGAAGUCAGUGCAUAUUGACACGUCUGGGUUCAUGGUGUACCUUUACUUAGUCAGUGCAAAUACUGCUGCUGUUAAGAAAGAUGAGGCAGAAAGGAAACCCAGUGAAAAUCAAGAGGUUUAUGUUGAUCGCUUGCCGGAUGACUUACCUUCACCGGGAGGUGCUGGCGUCCCUUACAUGGGAGCUGCCGCUGCUGGUCCACCUCCAGCUAGACAAUCAGGGCGACCACAGGCUAAAACACCACCAGUGAAGAUGGAGGAUGCCAGGAGGUUUGUUCACCAAUACAUGGACAAUCCACUUCUAGUGUCAUCUGCACCAAGUACAAAGAAGAAAACUGCACUUGAGGUUGGUUGGAAUUGUAAUAGUUGUACAAUGAUCAAUGCGCCACGCAGGCCUAGCUGUCACAUGUGUACUUUGCCAAGACCCGAUGAUUAUGUCCUACCACCGGUUGGUUCAUAUGUACUUGAUCCUGUAGAGAAGAGACUAAUUGAUGAAGAGGAACAACACCAGGAUGUCUUGAGACAAAUAGAGGAAGAGGAAAGACAGCUGGCAGUUCUUAACUUUGAACGACUUCAAGAAUAUGACCAAAUGGACUUGAUCCCGAACAGCGAGCCAUUUACAUGCUUGAUAUGUUACGAUGACUAUGGUGCUGAAGAAGGUGUGACUCUGAGGGAGUGUCUUCAUUCAUUCUGCAGGGAGUGUCUGACAGGGCACAUUUCUACAAAUGAAGAGCCAGAGAUAAGAUGUCCAUACAUGGAUGAAAACUUUGCUUGUGAUGCUUUGAUCCAGGACCGUGAAAUUCGAGCACUUGUUGAUGACGAGCAAUACCAGAAACAUCUCCAGCGUUGCCUGUCAACUGCAGAGACCCAAGCUGCUAACAGUUUUCACUGCAAGACAGUGAACUGUCAUGGUUGGUGCAUCUAUGAGGAUGAUGUUAACUUUUUCCCAUGUCCGAUUUGUAAGAAGAAGAACUGUUUGACUUGCAAGGCCAUCCAUGAGGGUAUGAACUGCAAAGAGUAUCAGGACUCUUUGAGGGCUGAUGCUGCUAAUGACCAAGCUGCAAGACAGACUCAGAUGAUGCUGGACGAACUUGUUAGGAAGGGAGAUGCUAUGCACUGUCCAAAAUGCAAGAUCAUUGUACAAAAGAAGGACGGCUGUGAUUGGGUGAGGUGUACUAUGUGUAAGACAGAGAUAUGCUGGGUCACGAAAGGGCCUAGAUGGGGUCCAAAUGGGAAAGGUGACAGAAGCGGUGGUUGUCAUUGCCGAGAAAAUGGACAGCUUUGUCGUCCUAAUUGCCAGAAUUGUCACUAACCGCACAUUCAAGAACAACCUUAGUAAAACUUUGUUAAAAUGACAAGUUUAAUUUGGUUAAUAGUAAUAUUAACUUUCAGUACACCAUUAUUGGUUCUAACAAGUUCUCGUAGUCUCGAACGCUCCGAUGAGGGCAGUAUAAUAGAGGCAGUAGAGUAUAUUGGCCCUAACGGCCGCCCAUACAAGAAAGAUCUAUUAAUCAAGCAGCCGAGUGUUUCUAGAGCUCCUCAUCGGAGCUGAAAAGUUAUCUGAAACUUUUAAUGUCAUUAUCUAACCAUCAUCAGGAGAUUUACUGGAUGUUAAUAAUAUUAUCAGCUGUUUACCUUCAAAUAUUUUAAUUUGGUUAAUUGUUAAAAGCUAAAGAAUAUUUAAACAAAAUUUCUAUUAUAACUUUAAUUAUAAGUUUGUUUUUAGGCUCUUAUAAGUACACCUGUACAGUACUUAAAAUAAGUUAUUAUUGAAAGAAAAUAAGAUGAUGUCGAAUAUUUUAGGCUCAUGACCAUGCUUUGAGCUUCCAGAAAAAUUGUUACACUAGUUUUUUUUUUCAUUGGGGCAGCUGGGGGUUGGGGUUGAAGGGGGAUGCAGUCUUUUUGGGGGGAAAUGCCUCUCCCGCGCCUGCCAGUAGAUACGCCAAUGUGGGCAACGUGAUUUAUUUAUGCCUUUUUAUGUAUAUAGGUGGCCUUAAUGUAUGGUUAUGUUGUGAAUGAUUUGGAAUUAAGGAAUCUUUAUUGUCGACAAUACAACAUGAUAGAAUCAAAAUUUGGAUCCAGGAGCUUAUAUAGGUACAAUUGGUUAAA